UUGGUCAAAUAGGUGUACAGUGAUUUAAGAAUACGUUUAGUCUCAUGCAAUAUAAAAGAAGAAUUAAGAUGACUUUAAAAGGAGUAUGUUAUAGUAGAAAUAUAAAAAAUAUAAGCUAUUCAUGAUAGGAAAAUUAUACAUUUGCUACAUAAUGGCUUAUUCUCUAAAACCGCAUUCAGCUCGAAGAGCCCAAGUUCUAAAAGAUUGUGAUCUGUGUAAGGCUAACGCUAACGUUCAUUAUAAAUGUGUUCAGUGUAAGAACUAUAUGUGUAAAAGCUGCAGUAAAAUUCAUCACAGCGAAAGAACUUCCCAGAAACAUGAAGUUAUUGAUAUUAUAUCAUUGCCAUUUAAGACGUCAGAAGCUUUUCAGUUAGGGAAGAUGGACAACUUUACAUGUAAAAGGCAUAAAAAGAAAAUGUGUGUUGCUUUUUGUGAAGAUUGUGAAGUGCCCGUAUGUAAAAGAUGCAUGGAUAAGAUACAUGAUGACCAUAAUGUUUUAGAGAUAAUUGAACACUGUCAAAAUCAAGCUUAUGUUUGGGAAAGCAGAAUUUUAAAGGAUUUAUCAUUUUGCCAAAAUGAGAUGAAACAAAUUCAAAACAUUGAUAGCAAAUACGAGUCAGCUCACGAAAAUGAACUGCGUAUGAUUGAUCAAAGAGAAUAUGAAUUUAAAAAUGCUAUACAUAAAUAUGCUAAUGAAUUGCGUGAUGUAAUUGAAAAAGAAAGACAAUUACAAAAACAACAUAUGGAAGAUUCUAAAAAGAAAGUCACAGAAACUGAACAAAUCCUGACUACCAAACAGGAUCAGCUCAGAACAUCAAAAACAAAGUAAAGAAACAAAAAGAAUUUUCAAAACAAUUGAAAAUAUAAAAAAUGACAUUCCAGAUUUAAACUUUAACUCUUUUUCUCCUAAUAUAAAAAAAUUCUACCCAGGGGAGACAACUAUUGAUGUGUCAAAUCUAUUUGGUGCAAUUCAGA